AUAAUGGCGACGGAUAUGACUCUUAUGUGGUUCAGCGGCUCUCCUCCGUGUUGGAGGGUGAUGAUCGCUCUAGAAGAGAAGAAUCUUCAAGGAUACAAUCAAAAGCUGCUCGAUUUCUUGAAAGGGGAGCAUAAAUCGCAGGAAGUGCCUGACAUCAACCCCAGGGGGCAGCUCCCUGCCUUCAAACAUGGCAACAACAUCCUAAACGAGUCCUAUGCAACAUGUCUGUACCUUGAGGAGCAGUUCAAGUCCCAGGGCACCAGGCUUAUACCCAUGGCCGCCCCCGAGCAGGCCCUCACCUACCAGCGCAUGUUCGAGGGAGUCCCGUUCAUGGACAAGAUUGCUAACGUCAUUUACUACGACUGGAAGUUUCCGGAGGGAGAGAGACAUGACUCGUCCCUGAAGAGACACAGAGAGGCCUUGACUGCUGAGCUCAAGCUAUGGGAGGGCUAUCUGGAGAAGCUUGGGGCGGGCUCUUACCUGGCAGGAAAGAACUUUACAUUGGCAGAUGUGGUGGUGUUCCCCUGCAUUGCCUACGCCUUCCGCUUUGGGCUAUCUGAGAAGAACUACCCCAGGUUGGCCGGGUAUUAUGGUCUUCUGAAGGAGCGUCCCAGUGUUAAAACCAGCUGGCCGAAGAACUGGCUAGAGACCCCCCAGGCAGAGGACAAGCUGAAAGACAUCUGAGACACACACAUGUCAUAUUCCUGCAAGACCAUCUUCGAUGAUAUCAAGCCCGAUGCAUAUAUGUACUGAUUCGGUUUCCAUACAAAAUAGUUGUGCCUUUUGAGAAUUUGAAUGUGAAUUUUAAAAUCUGAAUGUGAUGCAAUGUUAAUGAAACAAUCCAAAUUAGGUACUCAUGUUGCAUUGCAGUUUUUUAAUGAACAUGGAGUCUAGUUCUGUCUUUUGCCAGAGCUGUAGAACAGAGUUUGUCCUUUAUGAGUCAUUGAUUAAAUUUGAACCACACAUAGGCCCCGUCCACACGAAGCCGAAACUGGCGAAACCAUUACGGUUUCGAUCUAUCCGGUUUCGAAGUAUCUCCGUAAAGACGAAGCCAAGCGAAACCGGGUAGACCUGUAGAAACGCUGUAGUACACAAGCAAGGCCCAUAAGGGGCGCUGCUUCUGCUACAGAAAUCCAGAAGGAAAAUAAAUAAGAAAAGAGGCGAGCAUGCGCAUAAAGGGUGAGACUCCGCGGGCUUAACAGUCAUUGGCUAGAGGAUCGAAGGGGGGGGCGAUGACGUCAUGGUUUGCGGUUUCAGUCGGUUUCAGGCGUCCACACGAAUCCAAAACGAAACCGGGUAGAUUUGAAACCACCUCCGAGGGUGGUUUCAGAAGUUUGCGGUUUCGGUCAGCGGAUUCGCCGGCUUCGUGUGGACGGAAGGCCGAACCGUACAAGACCUUUGCGGUUUCGCCAUGAAAUCGGCUUCGUGUGGACGGGGCCAUAAUAGUGUAGGUUUUUUUAUUUUUUGACUCAUUGCAAAAGUUCCUUUCUUAUAUAAGGCUGACAAUCAUCACCUUAAGUGUGUCAACAUUUGUUUGGAGAUCCUACAAUUACUGAGCUUCAUAUUACAACCUGGACCUCUGAUAUCCAUCUGGAAUUGGCAGGUAAAUCCUAAAUAUAGUUAUGGAUUGUUUAUGGCAUGAAAAGGUAUAGGUAUUUUCUGUUCCUGCCACUCAUGCAUUUUGACCAACAGAGGUCACAGAACUACAUUUUGCUCCAUAGGAUUCCACUCCAUAGGUGCUUUGUCAUUCAUGAGGGAGGUAGUAUUGCAUGUGCGUCUUGAGCAAAACUGCCCCUGUGGUGUGUUUGUGGUUGUAAUUCCUUCCGUGGCCACUAGAUGGCAACCUUCGCUCAACGGGAGAAUAAUGCAGUUGAUUAGCCGCGUAGGCCGCCUCUUUCGAAAAGUGCUCAGUUUGGUUGGUGGUCUUUCAAAAUUUCAAGUCACUGAUAUCAUGCUAUUUAUAUAACGGACGAAAUUAAGUUAUAUGAUAUUAAAAUUACAGUUUUACUCAUAUAGUGGUCAACCUUUUCUUCUUUAUAAUAAACUCAAAGGACAACAAGAGCUCCUUCAAAUCAAAGCCAGAGGGACACAGUGCCCCAAUUACUCCAGUGAUUUUAAAGCUAGUUUAGCAGUUCCUCCGGAUUGUAUUCACAGUAGGCACGCUUAGGCUGCUGCUGUGUUUUGGGCGGUAUUGGCCUUGAGACCUACC